AUGCACCGAGCAUUAUCACUGUCGGCGCUGCUGACACUGGUCCUGGCCACGGUGUUGCCAGUGGCCGCCUACCGACCGGUCCAGUUCGUCAAACACACAGGCGAGUCAGGACGGGCGGACCAAGCAUUCAGCAUUGUCAACUACUACAACGAAACGACACAGCAAUCAGAUCUAUAUGUUCGAAUGCAAGCGUUUCGCUAUGAAUCGUCGGCCAAAGGCUGGGCGGCACUGGGUCUGGGCCCCGAAAUGAAAGGUGCCCUCAUGUUCAUCAUCUACGGCGAUCCCGCUGCACCGGACGCGUCCAUGACCCUGACUGUGCGGACGGCCGAUGGCCAUCAUCCGCCACGACCGCUGGACGAAAUGAAGGAAUUCUACAGCGGUGAGGUGCCCGAUGUCGACGUGGCCACGGCCCAUUUCGAGCCGUAUACGGGGGAAUUCUUCCAUCCGGACCUGAAGCAGAAACCGUCCCAUUUGGGCGUUGCUGAGUUUGUCGUCCGUGGAUAUAAUCGAUGGACGGCCCCGGCGCUGGGCGUCUCCAACGAUACCACCAACCAGGCCAUGAUCUGGAGCAGCAACUUCAAGCAAGACUUUGGCGGUGAUUUUGGGGCGAUCCGAAAUAUCGACAUGCAUCAGUUUGGUCUGGGGUUUGGGUUUUUGUGGACUGAUGUGCGCAACGCGCUGUCGCCGAUUCCGUUCUUUGCCCCGAUCAAGGAUACACAAGGCCACAAGGGCGUCAGUGAGACUGGAGAUCCUCCGGCCCCAACGAGCGACGAGUUGGCUAUCGGUGAGGGCAUUCUGAUCGAACAGCAGCAGGACUUUGGGCAGAAGGAAGACGGCUUCGACAAGGCUGCUGCUGCUGGGGCGGCCGCCGGUGCCGCUGCUGGUGCCGCAGCUGGAGUUGCCGAUGAUAAGACCACCGACAACUUGAACGACGGAAACAAAGUCGAGGAGCCGGUCAAGACGCCUAAACAGUGGAAUAUUCGGUCAUUGAUGUGGCACAUCCACGGCAUCCUAAUGACCCUAUCAUUCCUAAUCCUCUACCCACUCGGGGUCUACUUCCUCCGCUCCGGCCGCAGCACCGCAUUCAACCUCCACUGGACAAUCAACUCCUUAGCCAGUGUAUCCGUCGGCAUCGGCGCGGUCGUCGGAUUCGUCAACUCGCGGCGCAUUUCCCUGGUUCAUCAAUACCUAGGUAUAUUGCUCGUGUGCGCCUUGGCCGUGCAGACCGUCCUAGGUUGGCGCCACCACAUCAUUUACAUUUCGUACAUCUCACUCCGUCGCAAUGGCGGCACCACUACGACUUGGAUGGCCAAAGUGCACGUGUGGCUGGGUCGCGUCGUCCUGCCUUUGGGAAUGUUAAACGUCGUUUCGGGUCUGUUGCUACGCCACUACGGCUGGUUCACGGUCGCGGCGGCGAUUAUGCUUGCGGCAUUGGAAAUCGUGGUUCUGGCACUUGUGGUGGUGCGUGCGCGCCGUAGGGCGGGUAAUCUUGCUGCGGCGGCGGCGGCAGGGGUGAAUGGUCAUAAAUUGGGGCCAAUUGGUGGUGGUGGUGCUGGUAACGGAGAGCGUUCUGCUGCUGAUGAGGCGGAGGAGUAUUUCCAGCUUACGGCGGAUGAUGAUGAGUUUACUGAUGAGGAGGAGGGUGUGGGCGCUGAUGAAGAACAAGGGAGAGGGAAGGAUGCAGCUGCAGCGCAAGCCGCUCGCGAGAGGGAAGAGCAGGAGGAGAAGAAGAGGGAGCAGCAGAGACGGUUGGCGAGGUUGGAUAAGAUUUAG